ACUCUCGCGCGACUUCCAGUUAGCGCCCUCUCGUUAACCGGAUGUUGAUGUUUGCUGGUGCUUUCGCCCCGCCCCUUUUUCUCAUGCCUGUGUAGCGCGGAGUGCGGAUCUUCUUCCUCCUCUACUUAUUUCCUCAGCUUUGGAAGUGGCGAUUUUUGCAAAAACAAAUGGGAAACCUACCCUAGGAUGUCCGGAGGGGCCGCAUCCGUCACAUCAAAAACGUCAAGAGGUCUCGCGGCACCUUAAAAGACUAAAGUUGCAAUCCAGUGUUUACCAUUAGGUUUAGUGGGACUUACUCCUAGAAAUGAUCAACUUCCGCAACGUGUAGAGUUAUAACAUGGUGGCUGGGACAGUAUCUGCAUGGCAUCAGAACUCUGUAAAACUAUAUUGGAGGCAAAGCUAGAAAGACACAAGAACUUAUUCUUAAAUUACCGUAAUCUGCAUCAUUUUCCUUUAGAAUUGCUGAAGGAUGAAGGUCUUCAGUAUUUGGAGAGACUCUACAUGAAAAGGAAUUCAUUGACCACCUUGCCGGAAAACCUAGCCCAGAAGCUUCCAAACCUUGUGGAACUAUAUCUCCAUUCAAACAAUAUUGUUGUUGUACCUGAAGCAAUUGGAUCCCUGGUUAAACUGCAGUUUUUGGACUUGAGUGACAAUGCUCUUGAAAUUGUAUGCCCAGAGAUUGGCCGCCUGAGAUCUUUACGCCAUCUUCGAUUGGCUAAUAACCAGCUGAAAUAUUUGCCAGCAGAGGUUGGGGACCUUAGAGAGCUGCAAACGCUGGACAUCUCAACCAAUCAUUUGUUAACUUUGCCUGAAAGGCUGCACAUGUGCCUCUCUCUUCAGUACCUAACGGCUGACCGGAACCAUAUGUGGUAUGUCCCUCGCCAUCUCUGCCAGCUUCCCAGUCUUAAUGAAUUGUCCAUGGCUGGAAACCGCCUUGCGUUCUUGCCACUUGAUUUGGGUCGUUCUCGAGAACUACAGUAUGUUUAUGUGGAUAACAAUGUUCACCUGAAAGGGCUUCCCUCUUACCUCUAUAAUAAAGUCAUUGGUUGUAGUGGCUGUGGUUCUCCUGUUCAGAAGUCAGAGGUGAAGCUUCUCUCCUUUUCAUCAGGACAGUUGACAGUUUUUCUCCCAGCAGAGGUGAAGUCGAUUGGGUCAGAGUUGGACCGCGUUCUGCCCUUGCAGGAGAUGGCCAUGCGGACACUGUAUAACACAUACUGCAGAUUUUUAAAAGAUUUGAAGUUCCUGAAUCCAAUCUCAUUACCCAGAAGUCUCUUGGAAUUGCUCUACUGCCCUCUGGGACACUGCCACCGUUGCAGCCAGCCCAUGUUUACUAUUGUCUACCCAAAGCUCUUCCCCUUGAGAGAGACGCCGAUGGCUGGAUUGCAUCAGGGGAGGACAACAGUUAGUUUUGUGGCCUACUGCUGCUCCACCCAGUGUCUGCAGACUUUUGACCUAUUGAGUUGAUAAGUACUUAAAGCUGUUCAGGAGCGGUGCCAGUUUCAAGCUGCAUUAGGCUGUGUCUCCUGGUGGUGCUCAAAGACAGCGUGUGUGUUUGUGUGUGUGUUUGCGUGUGCGCCUGCGUGCCAAAGCAGCCGGAUGAGGAGAGGUGCCCGGCUGGGAACACUGCGAGCCACUUCAGUCCUGUGCCCCUAUCAAAUUUGGAUGAAAGGCAGAACUCUCUUGGAAGCCUUUGGAUACUCCAGCUUUCGAAAAGGUUAACACCUUCCUGUUUCUCCCCAGGCAGAAUGUAAAUGCAACAAACAUCAAGGAAGCAAAUGACCUCCAGGACACCCUCAUGUUUUGCACUUACAAUUCUAGUUGCAUUCAUACAUGACUUCAUUCAAAGCGGUUUUGAGUACUCGGAUGACAUAAAUGGAUGUUUUUUAACCAUA